AAUUCAUUACAUUUCUUUUCACCACCUAAAAAAAGAAUUCUAUCUACCCUUGUUGCUCGACCUUCACGAUUUUUUUGCCUAUCAAUUCUUAAGUUAACUGCAGUUAUCCUAUUUCCAGAAUUAGUUAUUGUAAACAUUUCAUCAUUAAUAAUAUUGUUUUCUUGGCAAGAUUCUUCUUCACUAUCAGUGUUAUCACUGUUUUGGUCAUCUAAAAUAAUUGAUUUAGAUGAAUAUUCUAUUAGAUAUUGUGAAGUUAAAUAUAUUUCGAAAGAACUAAGGUAG